CACCGCACACUCACAGAUUGAGGUGUGGCCAUCGAGGGCUGCCAUCUUCUUGACUUUCUGUCGCUUAACAUUUCAGAGAGGGCUGAGGGAGUGCCAUGCGUUACGAAUCCGCAGCAUCUUCGCAUGACGAUCCUUUGGUUCAGCAUACGAGAAGUUACACGCUGUCCACCGUGACCACAUUCGAUCACUGAUCUGGGAUCGUUUCUACCAGUUCAAAUACCGACCUGUGGCUUUAAUUGACAGAGACGCUGAAAGAAAGACUAAAAACAUGGGAUGCAAUACGGGCCGAUGCCUCGGUCCAGACGAUACAGGGUACCCUGGAUCAGAAUUCAUGGCAGCCAUUAGGAAGAAAUUGGUUAUCGUGGGUGAUGGUGCUUGUGGCAAAACAUGCUUACUCAUAGUCUUCAGUAAAGAUCAAUUUCCUGAAGUUUAUGUACCUACAGUGUUUGAAAACUAUGUUGCAGACAUUGAAGUUGAUGGAAAACAGGUUGAAUUGGCUCUUUGGGACACAGCAGGACAAGAAGAUUAUGAUAGGCUGCGUCCAUUGUCAUAUCCUGACACAGAUGUAAUCCUAAUGUGUUUCUCUAUCGAUAGUCCUGACUCCUUGGAGAACAUUCCUGAGAAGUGGACACCAGAAGUUAAGCACUUUUGUCCAAAUGUGCCCAUCAUUCUUGUUGGAAAUAAAAAAGACUUGCGCAAUGAUCCUAAUACCAUCAAAGAGCUUAGCAAAAUGAAACAGGAACCAGUUAAACCAGAAGAAGGUAGAGCUAUGGCUGAGAAAAUCAAUGCUUUCGCUUAUCUUGAAUGUUCUGCUAAGAGUAAGGAAGGUAUUAGGGAAGUAUUUGAAACAGCCACUCGGGCAGCGUUACAAUUCGUAGGUAAAAAAAAAGAAGAAAGGAAGAUGUUGGCUCUUAUAAUUUAUGAAACUGUUGAGACAAGACUAAUGGAAUUGCUAGUUGCAAUGAAGCUAGUUGUUAUGCCAGAGGCCCUCAGCGGAAACUAUAAUAUAACAACAACAACUUAUCUUUAAUUAUUUUACACAAUAAAACAAAUCUAUAAAAAAAAGAAAAACCAACAAAAUACGCCCACAAUAUAUACAAUAUAUGCAAAUUAAAAUCCGUUGCAAAGUUUGCAAGUGUUCUUUUAUAAUUAUUUGCGAAGAAUGUACUGUUAAUUAUGAUUGUAUCAGUUAAUCCUUUAUGGACUCUCUCUAAUGUUGCAAUAAGUGCGAUCGUGUUUUAAAUGAAAUAAAUUACUAAGAAUUUGUACAAACAUUGCUGCAGUUUUUAUAAGGAUAUGCUAUGAGUUAUGACAUGUUAACUGUUAUCUUAGAAGUUACUUAUCGUUUUGGUCCUUAUCAGAAUAGAAUGGCUUUCAAAUAUUAUUGUACAAACAUUAUUAAGACUGAGUUUUCGGUAAUAUACUUUAAUGAAAUAAGAAAGAAAGAGGAAAAAUGAAUAAACUCAUAAUCUUUUUAAUGAAAAAAGUUAAAUAUUGUUACAUGCACAAAGUUGUGAGAUAAGAUUAAAGAAUUUGAGUUUCUAUGUUUGACAAGGAUUAAAAUACAUCACAGUAUCUAUUAAAUUCAUUAUUGUCUCUGUAAAAAGAGCGAUAAACAAAUUAUUUUGCUGCUCUAUUUGGUCCAUAUAGGAUUAAAAUUGUACAUAAAAUGUCAUCAUUCUUGAAAUAGAUAAGAUAUACCUUCAUGAA